CAUGACAGUUGCGUUACAGUUUUUGAGCAGAGUUUGAUUUUUGAUUUGAGAUUUGAGUAUUUGUUAAUUUGUUGAGUUGAGUGAGAAUGAGUUUAGUUUGAGUUUUUAUGCUUAUAAACUGGAUGUGUUUUCUUAGAGAAUUUUUAUAGUGAUUCAGUUUUUUGCUGUAAAAUUAUUUGGACUACAUAGAGUCUAGUGUAAUCUGUAUAAUCGGUAAUCAAAUGGAAGUAAAACAAGAAAUCAGCGAGGAAACGUGUAAAAUAGAAGAUAAUCACUUGGAUGAUGCUCUUCUGGAUAACUUUAAAUGCGAAAUUAAGGAGGAAUCCAAUAGUCAAAUUACACAUGAAUAUGAUUGUUUAGACUUAAAAGAACAUCCCAUAAAUACUGCAAUAGGACAACAUGGGAAUAAACUUAACCCAUUUCAAGAAAACCAAAAAACUGAAAAAGAUUAUCUCCAAAAUAACAAGAUGGAAAUUAUUGAGACAAUAACUGAAGAUUCAUUUCACGAAGAAAAUUAUAUGAAUCCACAGGCUGAAGGAAAAACGUUAGAAAAAAAUAUGAAAGUUGUGACUAGAAAAAAACUUUACAAGUGUGAAAUUUGUAUUAAGCAGUUUAGUAGAGCAGCAUAUUUGAAAAUACAUUUGAGAGCCCAUACUGGAGAAAAACUUCCCAAGUGUGAAAUUUGUUUUAAGCAGUUUGUAGCAGCAAGUCAUUUGAAAGUACAUUUGAGAGUGCACACUGGGGAAAAACCUCACAAGUGUGAAAUUUGCUUUAAGACAUUUACUACAGCAGGUUAUUUAAAAACACAUUUGUGGGUGCAUACUGGAGAAACACCGCACAAGUGUGAAUAUUGUUUAAAGCAGUUUGCUACAGCAAGUAAUUUGAAGUCACAUUUGAGAGUGCACACUGGGGAAAAACCUUAUAAAUGUGAAAUUUGUUUUAAGCAGUUUAAUAGAGUAGAUCAAAUAAAAGUACAUUUGAGAGUGCACACAGGGGAUAAACCUCACAAGUGUGAAAUUUGUUUUAAGCAGUUUGUUACAGCAAGUAAUUUGAAAGUACAUUUGAGAGUGCAUACUGGAGAAAAACCUCACAGCUGUGAAAUUUGUUUUAUGCAAUUCAGUGCAACAGGUAGUUUAAAAAAACAUUUGAGAGUGCAUACUGCAGAAAAACCUCAUAAGUGUGAAAUUUGUUUUAAGCAAUUUAGUGGAGCAGGUAAUUUGAAAAGACAUUUGAGAGUGCACACUGGAGAAAAACCUCACAAGUGUGAAAUUUGUUUUAAGCAGUUUGUUAGAGCAAGUCAUUUGAAAAUACAUUUGAAAGUGCAUACUGGAGAAAAACCUCACAAAUGUGAAAUUUGUUUUAAGCGAUUUAGUGAAGCAGGUACUUUAAAAACACAUUUGAGGGUGCACACUGGAGAAAAGCCUUACAAGUGUGAGAUUUGUUUUAAACAGUUUACUCGAGCUCAUGAUUUAAAAAGACAUUUGAUAGUGCACACUGGGGAAACCCCAUAGAAGUGUGAAAUUUGUUUUAAACAGCAGUGAAGCAGGUCAUCUGAAAAAACAUUUGAGAGUUCACAAUGGGGAAAAGACUUACAAGUAGUGUGAAAUUUGUUUUAAGCAAUUUAGUGAAACAGGUAAUUUAGUACGAGAUCCGACUAUAGGUCGAUCUGUACCCAUCUGCUUGCCGGAUGAAACAUUUUUUUUUAUUAAAUUUCAUACAUAGACAAAUAUUUCUAGCAUUGGUUGUCUAUCAAAAUCCUAUCAUAGCUUUCCUUAAAGGCGGGCUUAGGGGGUUGAAAUCAAUAUUUCAACCACUUUUUUUUAAGUACUGUAGAAAUAUUUUAUUUUUAAAUUAAAUAGGCAUAUUCAGUACAAUUCAUAGAUUAUUCAAGGAACAAUAUUGAAAAAUAAGCCAACGGUGGCAAAUUUUUAAAGACACCUCAAGGAACAAUGAAUUUUGCUGUGGACAUUAGAACUCAUCGUUGGAUUAUGGUAAACAAAAAUAUUCAAACAUAUUUUUUUACCUUAUGAGUUUCUCGAGCUAACCUCCCUAUACUUAUCAAUCAACGAUAGAAGUAUAACGUCUUACGUGCGUACAAAGUACACACACAUUCUUUUUGCUGUAUAGAUCUAUUAAAUUACUUAUAAACAUUUCAAUGUUAUUGUGGGUGGUUUUUAAGAGUCGAAAUAUUAUGGUAUUAUAUCCUAAAGCAAAAAACGAUCAUGUUUUAACCAAUCAAAACCAAAUUUUACCCAUAUUAAGGUUUACAAUGUUUUUAUAUAAUUUUUGACAAUAAGGGUUAGUUUACUACACCCCUAAAAAUAAUCAGUGCCUUUGAGCAUGAUAUAAAAUAUAAAGUUCAGCGUGAGAUGAUCCUAAUCACAAAUUUUUAUGCAAAUCGAUGCAAGCCGAAAUCGAAUGCAAGCCGAAAUCGAAUGCAAGCCUUUUAGAAUAAAUAAAUUCUUUGUAUAUAGCUCCAACAGCGGUGGUUUUAAGGGUUGAAACAUUAUGGAUUUUAUAUCCUAAAGAAUAAAACAAUCAUUGUUUAACUAAUGAAAACCAAAUGUUGACCAUAUUAAAGUUUAAAAUCUUAUUUUAUAAUUUUUUACAGUUAGGGGUAAUUUUCACCCUUUAAAAACCAAAAGCGUACAACGGCUCAAUAUAGAAAAUGAACUAGAGGGUGAAAUGAGCCUAACCCCAAAUUUUUUUUGCCAUUUUUUCAGCUUCAUUACUGGCCUAUUCAAUUUCUGUUUUCACGUUCAUUUUUCCUUCCACUCAAAUGUUUAUAUUAUAGUCAGUUUAA